AUGCAAAAAUACGGAACUCUUGGUAGAGUUUUGCAGCUACUGGUGCUUGUUAAGUUUAUCGAAUGUUAUAUUGCAUUACUCUGUGCGUAUGAACAUGACUUUCUGAUUUGCAGUGCAGCUGGUUAUUUGAAAAUGAUUUUGGAGCUGGGUUUUAGAGGUGGCAAGGGCGUGAAAGGCCAAGAAGUGAAAAUUAGAGUGGCUUUCGUGGUUACUGUUUCCAUAUGGAUUAGCCUUGCGGGUCUUUAUGCUUUGUUGAAGCCAAUAUCAAAUGGUUGUGUCAUGACAUAUAUGUACCCUACAUACAUUCCCGUAUCCACUCCAGAAAAUGUGUCGUCUGCGAAGUACGGUUUAUACUUGUACCAUGAAGGAUGGAAAACGAUUGAUUUUAAUGAACACCUUAGACAGCUUAAUGGUGUCCCUGUGAGAUCCCUGGGUGCAGAGUCUGAUAGGGCUUAUCAAGGAGGUCCACUCGAAUGGGACUCUUACCAAGCAUCCCCAAUUUUCAGGGAGGAAGUCGAUAUUGAUUACUCCGACAUUAAGUUACCCAGUCGAUACGCUUCCAUGCUUGAUUGGUUUGCAGUAGAUCUUGAGGGUGAACACUCUGCAAUGGAUGGUCAGAUACUUCAAGAACACGCGGAAUAUGUAGUAUAUGCCAUUCACAGGAUUUUGGACCACUACAAAGAAUCUCGUGAUGCUCGAGCAAACGAAAGCUCUUCUGUUUCUGGAACCGUACCGAAAAGUGUCAUUUUGGUUGGUCAUUCUAUGGGUGGUUUUAUUGCUAGGGCCGCAGUUGUGCAUCCUCACUUGAGAAAGUUUGCUGUUGAAACUGUUCUGACACUUUCCAGCCCACACCAGUCUCCUCCUGUGGCAUUGCAGCCAUCCUUGGGCCACUACUAUGCACACGUGAAUGAGGCAUGGAGAAAAGGAUAUGAGGGGCAAACCUCUCGAAGCGGACACUACCUGUCUACUCCUUUGCUUUCACAUGUUGUCAUUGUCUCCAUUUCUGGGGGUUAUAAUGAUUACCAGGUGCGUACAAAGUUAGAGUCCCUUGAUGGUAUUGUUCCGUCUACGCAUGGCUUCAUGAUUAGUAGCACUGCCAUGAGAAAUGUAUGGUUGUCCAUGGAGCACCAAGUUAUCUUAUGGUGUAAUCAGCUAGUUGUGCAAGUGUCACACACUUUACUUAGUCUGAUGGACACCAAGACAGGUCAACCUUUUGGUGAUGUUAGACAAAGAGUUGGUAUAUUUACAAAAAUGCUCCAUAGUGGAAUCCCACAGACCUUCCUUUCAUCGAGGCAAUCACCACUAUCGCAAAAGUCUGAUCAGGCUUCUGAUCAAAAUAGAAUAGUCAAUGCUGGGUUGCAAGUUCCCUACAUAUCUGGUUGCCCACGUGAUUGCCAAUGGAAUGAUGAUGGACUUGAAAGAGACCUUUACAUCCAAACUAGUUCUGUCACUGUGUUAGCUAUGGAUGGGCGAAGACGUUGGAUGGACAUUCACAAACUGGGUGCGGACAGAAAAACCCACUUUGUUUUUGUCACGAAUCUUUCACCUUGUUCUGGUGUUCGACUACAUCUUUGGCGAGAGAAGGGAACAUCAGGCAAACGGGUUGUGGAAGUCACCUCAAAAAUGGUACACAUUCCCUCUGGCCCAGCUCCAAGGCAGAUUGAACCAGGUAGUCAGACUGAGCAAGCUCCUCCGUCUGCUGUAUUUUGGUUGAGUCCUCAGGAUAUGCACGGCUUCAGGUUCUUGACCGUCUCAGUGGCGCCUCGCCCGACUGUUUCAGGGAGACCUCCACCAGCUGCAUCUAUGGGAGUUGGACAAUUUUUCAAUCCAAAGGAUGGAGAGCAUUUAUUCUCUGCUUACCAGUUGAUUCAUUCAUUAUACUCAAAAAAGGAUGUGAAUUUGAAAGAAGAUCAUCCUCUUAUUCUCAACCAUACAUUUUCCGUUAGCUUAGGUCUUCUUCCUAUUUCUUUAGCCCUUGAAACAACUGGCUGUGGAAUUAAGAAGUCGGAAUUUCCUCUUGAAGAGUCGGGAGAUGUUGAAACUAGUACCAUUUGCAGACGUCGCUGUUUCCCACCUGUGGCUCUUGCUUGGGAUGCUACAUCUGGUCUCCAUGUAUUUCCCAAUCUGUUUUCUGAAAGAAUUAUUGUGGAUUCCUCUCCAGCACUGUGGACUUCUUCAAAGGAAUCUGACAAGACAACCGUUUUGUUACUGGUAGACCCGCAUUGCUCGUAUAAAAGUACUGUUAGUAUUUCUACCAUUACUGCUGCUAGUAGAUUCUUGAUCUUAUACUUUUCUCAGAUCAGUGGCCUUUGCUUUGCUGUUGCGUUUUUUGCUCUGAUGAGGCAGGCAUAUGCAUGGGAACUUGAUCAGCCCAUACCUUCAUUGCUAUCUGCCGUUGAAUCAAACCUGAGAAUGCCAUGGCCAUUUUUCUUACUUGCCACACUGCCAGUUCUGCUUGCUGUGCUCCUUUCUUUCCUAGGCUCCCAGCCCAUUCCUCCUAUUAUAAGUUUCUUUGCAGUUUCAGUACUUUGCUACGUUUUUGCAAAUGGAGCUCUAGCUGUGCUGAUAUUAGUUUCCCUGUUGCUUUUCUAUGUGGCUGGCACUGUCCAAGUAUUUUUCAGGAAACGGUGGCACUUGUGUGAAGGAAACUUCUGCUUUUCUUUUGUCCAAUGGUUCAUGAAUAAGUCCUCCAGCUUUGCUUCUACCAAGGUGGUAAGAGUUUUAAGGGCAAAGCCUCUGCUUAUUACGUCAAUGAUUGCAAUUGCCUUGGUGUGCCUUGUGCAUCCUGCACUGGGUCUCUUUGUGUUGCUCUUAUCGCAUGCUUUUAGCUGUCACAGUGCCUUUUUCAGCCAUGUCCGGGCCAAGGAGUUGUAUGAAUCCCGAAAUGAACGAAAUAGUGGUCCGAUGCUGCAAAGUCCCAAGUAUGAUGGGGAUAUUAGUGAGCCAAUUCUAGGAAACGAGACCUGUACUGGUAGCCCUGAAUCUAAUAGAAGCUACAUUGACACGCAACUAGAGAUCUUUCAUCACCAGCAUGGUUUGCUAGUUUUACAUUUGCUGGCAGCAUUAAUGUUUGUGCCUUCGCUUGUGGCCUGGCUUCAGGCCAUGGCCCUCAAAUUAGCUCUAGCCACAGCAAAUGAAGGGUCUCUGCUAGGCUCGUCCGGUGCCCUAAACGCCUCCAUAAAUUCCUCCCUCUGCAAUCUCAAAGCCAAAGCAGCAUCCUCAUCUUGGCUUGGCAAUGCCCUCCUUGUACUAAACCUGUGCUGCUGUUGUCUGCUUGACGUACCACCGGAAGGCCUUGAACUCCGGUGCCUUAAACUAUGA